CUCCCUCUCCCACCACCCAAUUUCUGUACCGGGAAUUCCCCCUAAAUAGAAGGAACAGAAAACCAAGGUAAGGAGCCCAUCGGCGAAGCGUCCAGAAGAAGAAGAAGAAAUGGAGGGAGAAGGAUGGACGAUCCUGAAUUCUGCAUCUCCAGUUAGAUAAGAGAUACUUUUCUCCCGAGUUCACCAGUUUAGGUUGAAGAAUUUUCUGGGAUUCAGAAGGAAAGGAAGACGGAAAUGGCUUCUAAGAAUGCUAAAGAUCACUGGGCGUUUCUGGAGGAGAUUGAAGCUCCGAUGUGGGUAGAUCUUGCUCAAGAAGCUGAUUAUAGUGACAGCGAUGACCAAUGGUUUCAAAUCAGCCAUCAGUUUCACCAGCUGUCUUCUAAACAGUUGAAAGCAGCAUUUAGACAUUGCAGCAAUGAAGAGUUUGGCUUAGUAGGACAGUCUUCACCACAGCUUCCCUCCUCGGUAUCACGAUCAAGGGGCAAACACCUUGCCGGAAAGAAAUUUCAGAAGGGUAGUCAUGACCUCGUAAUGAACAAGCAACAUCCAGUAAAAGCUUUAAGAGGGAAGUCUUCAUUAGUGAACUCAGUUUUGGAUGAUGUGAGAAAGCCCAAAAUAAGUGUUGUAAAGUCUGGAGGAACUUCAAAUUCGCUAGUGAAUUCGGCUUCGGAGAGUGCUUCAACUGGUUGCAUCAAGGAAGGCAAUACACUUCCUCUGGGUAAUGGUCAGCAUUCAAAAGAUGGCUCAAGUUCUGGGGAUAGAGCUGGUGAAUCCAAUACGAGUACCCUUACAUCUGAGACUUUUCAGCAACCUCACAGAAGGCACCACGAGUCAUUUAGUCAAGCAUUAGGUAACAAAAGCAGUAUUUUAGCUGAAGUAAGGAUCAGCCUUCGGAAGAGUUGUGUUAGAAGACAAGCAGCAAGGGUGGAAACUAACAAUGGUUCAAUACAAACUACUAAUCGUUGGUCGUUAUCCAACAAGUCUGGUGUAGGGUCUUCUUUGAAUCCUGGUUUCAAUCUUAACAGUGAAAAAAGUUGCAGGCCUUCAUCCGGAAAGUCUAGUUGGGGAUCUUCUUCUAACUCUUCUAGUGAUGUUAUUGGCAACAGAGUUCGUAAGUCUUCGUCAGCCAAGUCUAGUGUGGGAUCUUCUUCCGUUAACCCUGGUGAUGAUGUUAAGGACAGUGAAGUCUGCAAGUCUUCAUCAGACAAGUCUACUGUGGGAUCAUCUUCAAACCCUUGUACUUACAAUGAGAGUAAACCAAAGCGCAGGUCUUCAUCUGGCAUGUCUAGUACAGAAUCUUCUUCAAAACCUUGUCCUUAUGUUAAGAGUAAACCAAAUUUUAGGUCUUUAUCUAGCAAGCCUGGUAUAUCAUCAUCUUCAAACCCUGGUGCUGAUGUUAAGUUUUCUGGUAUCCCACUCCUGCGGGGCAAAGAAUGGACUUCAGAUAGCAGAAAUGUGGCAAGUAACGGCAUGGCAGCCAUAAAAAAAGUACAAGGUUCUAGAAUUUUGAGGGAUUCUUCUAACAUUCAGCUGAAGGAUGGGCCUCGCAAUACUAGAUUGGUAAACAAAGUUAAUCUAGAAAAGUCGUCAGCAUACCCACAACAUACCAAAGGCAAGGCUCUUAUUCAAACUGCACCUAUGGAAACUCUGCAACUGCAUCGAGUUAAUGGAAAGGGCUUGUUAAUUGGUGCUGCAGCAACACACCAGAAGCUUGGCAUAGCUGGGGCAAAUAGGCUGGUAGGCACUGGAAAAGAGAACGACAAAGCAAGAACCUGCAGAAAGCCGAAAGGCAGCGUUGUUGAAUGUGGAGUUUUAAUGACCGGCCAGUCAAAGAAACCACUCAACCCAACGAGAAAAGGAGACAUAACAAGCUUGGAUAAUCCGAAGGGAAAACCUUGCAAUCAUCCAAUAAUGGGGAAACAACGUCCAGUUGCUACAACUCAGAAGCUCCACUUUCGGUAAAACAGGUCGAGGGACUGUGUGCUAGAUAGAAUUAACUAGCUUGUACAUAUACUACUCAAUGUCGAAUUUCUUCUAGGGUUUCAGUAGUCUUUUUUUCCCCCUGCACUUCAUGGCUUAAGAAAAGGGUAGAAGAGUAGUUAACUGGGGAGAUAACUGAGGAUGAAGAGGUAGUAGUGGAUAACUGGGGAGGUUGAACAGGCAGACGUCAGGAAAUUUUUGGGUCCUGGGCUGGCUAAUGAUAUUCGUUCAUUGUGCCCUCUCUUUCUGUGCAAGUAUUCUACUUAAAGAAACUCUAUGCAACUCUAAUGAAGUUCCAAAGAGUCUGAGGUGAAGACUGGUUUUAACCUUUCUGUCUAAGCAAGUUCGCAAAUCAUAUGUGCAGAUUUACGCCAAAGCUCGACAUAUGAUAUAUCGAAGUUGUAUUUCUAAUAUAUGUUCAUCGUUGAUUUGCAUCUAAGUUUAUGUUAAUUAACACUGCUUGGUGGAGACAAAAUUUUGAG